AUGUUCGCCUUCACCCACAUCCCCGCUGGCUACGCCCACGGCCACCCCCCACGUCGUCACCGCGACUUCUCGGAUAACCGCUCUGACUUCGAUGAGCUCGCACGGCAGGCGGCGGAGCAGUACGCGGCUGCCCAGGCGCGCGUCCAGGAGAUCCAACGCCAACGCCAGGCUCAAGCCGCGAGGGAGCAAGCCCACCGUCACUGUCGCUCUCACUAUGGCUUCAUGGUUCCCCAGCAGUUUGACUUCGAAGAGUCUCCUUCCUACUACCCUCCCCAUCCCCACUUCGCACGAAGCGCCCCUGUAAGCGCACCGAGCUACACCCUCGAAGACCUCGUCUCGGCGGCUCUGGGCGACGAAGACCGCCAGCGUGAGUACCUCGCCCACCAACGCGCCAUCGCCCAUCAACUCGCCAUCGAGCGCCAGCGUGCUCUCGCUGAACUCGCCGCUCGCCAGGAGGCUGCUCGUGUCGCCCGUGCCCGCGAAGAGGCCGCUCGUGCCGCGCGCGUUCGUGAAGAGGCCGCUCGUGUCGCUCGAGCUCGAGUGGAGGCGCGGCGUCAUCGCGAGCAGCAAGCCAUGCUCACUAUUCUCGGUCUCGCGCGUUAUCUUCAUGCUGCGCGCGAGCAUGUCCCUCUCGCCACUCAAACAUCGGCGCCGAAGGUGUGUACAUGCCACUCGUGGUUUCUCCCACUUCCGUCGCUGAUGCGCGUCCUCUCGGUCCAGCCCGAGGAAGCUGUCACUUCGCGGUCGCUCAGCAUCCCAGGUGUCCCCGUUGACCGCAAGGGGAAGGGCAAAGCGGUCCACUUUGACGUCCAUGUCGACGUCGCACCGCUGGUCGCACCGAAGCCAGUCUCCGCCCAUGAGACUCGGAAGACCACGUCAAGGACCCUCAAGGAGGACCUCGAGGCCCGAAUCCGCACCGAAAAGGAUCCGGAGGUCCAGGAAUCCCUCGUCAUUCUCUACUCCGACAUCUUCGACAACGUCGCUGCCGCCUCUGCUCCUGUCACGGGUCCCUCUGGUCUCAGCGCCGACGAGAAGCCAGCUUCGUCAACCCCAGAGCCCUCUCCUUCCACCCCGGUCCCAGAAGCCCUCACCGAGAUUGCUGCCGUCGAAGGCGCCCUUCGUGCUCUCCAAGAUGCCUUCUCCUUCCCUGAUCACCUCGAAUUCUCUCCCUCGCGCUCGCGCACUCCUUCCCCCACUCCCUCGAGCUCGGACGGGCUAGCGUACACGGCGCACAACAGCCCGGUGCAUGCGUACGAGCACGCGCUUACCGCGCUCCUCACCCGGCUCGACGCGGUGGAGAGCAACGGGGACGAGUCGGUGCGGGGGCGCCGGAAGGAGGUCGUACGCGACAUUGAGCGCGCGUUUGACGCGGUCGAGAGGCGCGUCGAGGCCGAACGGGAGCGCAGUCGGAGUCGCGGGAGCUCGCGACGCGGCAGCGUGACUGAGUCGGAGGUCACUGUGCGCCCUGCCGUACCCGCUCCUGAGGUCAUCCCUAAGGAAGAUGCCUUUGCGGUGGAAGACUCUGCUACGGAAGUCGAUGAGGAGGCUCCGAAGGGGGACGAGCUGGAGCGACGGGGCAGUCUGUCGGACUCCGCAGUCACCAUUCGUCCUUCUGUUGUUCCCGCCGUCGCCCUGGAGUUCGUUGCCAAGGAUGUUGAAGACCUCGUGGUGGUCCCAGAAUCUUCGUCUGGAACACCGUCUCUUUUCUCCGACGAACAGGAUCCUUCGACCUCGGUCCAAGAUGUUCCCGUCGAAGCUCAUACUCUGGAAGAUAUCGGUGCGCCAGGCGACGUCGAUGUCGCGUCCGAAGACGCCCUGGACUUUUCCCUCUCCUCCUACAACGUCGACACCACUCCUGCCGCCAUCACCGCCGUUCCUUCAACACAACUCCACGCUCCAGAGCCCGUCUCACAGGAUGCGUCAGCCUCAUCCCAUCCCAUCGAUCCGACCACCAGUUCCGAGAACACUGCCCAUCUCGAAGACGUCGCUGCAUCGUCGCCGUCUAGCACUCACACCGACCCCUUCCUGCUCUCGUCCACACCCAUUGCGGAUCCCGAUGGAGCGAAACGCCGACCCUCUGCGAGCUCGGACAAGCUGGAGAUCAUCGACAAGGACGAGCUCGAAGGUGGGGCCCAUGUUGGAAGCGAUUGGUCGGAUCUCGAGUCGUCCGAUUCCGACCUGUGA